UUGAGUGAAAAUGAAGGCCUAUUAGAUUUAAAUUCCAAUGUAUUUCUUUCUUGUGUCAUUUCUUCUCGAACUUUUGUAUCUGUUCUGUUGGUUUACCCUUACUAAGACCCUCAAAAGAGAAAGAAUGCUAAAGAUAACUCCGAUAUAGAUGGUCUUCUAUGCUAGUAAACUCCUGACAAAGUCAUAAAAAGAGAAGGAUAGGCUAGCUACAAACUGAGUACCACAAUUUAUGAGAGUGGGGAAGAUCUUCACCUUGAUACACUCUUUGAUGUAAAGAAAGUACUUUAUCAGAAAUUUAUUUAGAAUUAUUAUCAGUGGAGACAUCCAAGCUGAAGCUGGCUGGUGUAGCUACAUUCUAACAAGUCUCUGAAUAGAUUCAUUGAUGUCCUCAGCCUCAAGCUUUUCACCAGUGUACUUAGUUCUGCGUCUCGUGAAUUCUAACAGCCUCCUCUUUAGCAGCUCUUUGUUGCAUCUGUUGUAAGUAUUCGGCUUCUCUUUGCUUUAAGUAAAGAUAUUGCUGUUGCAUUAGCAACUGUCUCUUGACCAAAGUGAUGUGAAAUGCUCAUUUAACAUGGAUUCACUGAUUGUUCCUCAAAGGAUAUCCAGACAUAGUGGUCAAGUGCCUCUCGUUAGUAACCAUGCUACCUGGGAUCGGGAUAGCUGUCGGAACACCUCCUCCUUCUACGAUCCCAGCAGGAGCUCUUUGUAUCCUCACUUGCUGUGUAGUCUGGAAUCUUGGAUUGAGUGUCGGGUCUUUCAUUUGUUGUGUGAUGUCUGGUCUUGGCCAUGCCUCCUUCUCUUCGGCCAAUUUCUGUACUGCUCCAGCCAUAUCGUUUCUGCUUUCUUCAGGAGUUUCAUCUUCUUUGAUCAGAGAAAUGCAUUUGCCGGUUGGAACACCGUCCUUUUCACCUGGACGCUGUGUCUCCUGGGCCUGUUUCGCUUCGGAACAUUCUUCAAUGGUCGCCUGAGUCAGUCGCGAGUUGUUCAGGUCCAUCACAAGGCUCACAAACUCGUUUAAGUGUUCUUUGGCUUUCUGGAGCGCCUUGACGUUUCGCUUGUUGCUGGGGAGCUCUCCAGACAGCUUCCGUUCGGUCGGGCCGCUUCGAAGAUCCUUGCGGUCUGACGCACUCUUGGGCUUGUUCUUGUCUGAGAGUUUGGUUGUGCGAGCCUGAGCUCGCUGGCUAGAUUCAGGCCUGUCGCUCUCACUGAGAGGGGAAUCUGAAAAAGUGUUGUUGCUCUUGCUUUUGGCUGGGGUGAGUCGUUCUCUAAGUUCAAGGUCGGAUUCUGUGGAUAAGUUUUCUUCAGGGAGGCAGUGUCUUUUAUUGAGAUUCUUGCGAGCUUUAUCAUGCUCCUUUAAGAGCUUUCACACUGCUUUAUAGUCUUCAUCGAUAAAGUCUUCUGGAUCAAUGAUAGUCUCUUCAACAGGCUUACUCUUUUCAAUUUUAUCUCUGAUUCUUUUUCUUGUCCUCAUUCUUCGUUCCUCGCUAAUUUAAUAUUAUUUAUUCUUUAAGCUACUUUGCCUAUUUAAGCGAUCUGAGCUCCUCUUUCAGAGAUUUCUUUUGGUAGAAAUAGAUAUCUCGAACUAAAAUUAACAGUUAAUUGGAGUAUAAAUUUUCAUUAAGAGUCCCAUGUAAACUCAUUAGGCCAUCAGGAACCUUCUGAGCUUGUUUUUCUUGAAACCCGACAUAGACCAAAUUUUCGGAAAUCAGAACGAAGCGAGCAGUAUUUUAGAGAGAAUUUAAUACCAAUAAACCUGGCAUUAGCAAAUUACUGGUCGUCCUGAUUGCCAAAAAUUUGGUUUAGAGUCCAGUUACAGUCAUCUCAGGCUCUGUAGCCAUCAUCAAUGCUGACUGGUGAGUAUCUUUUCGUCUUCUCCAGCCGAUUCUUCUUGCCUUUAGGUUGUUUCUGGUACAAAUUCACACUCAUUCAAAAGAUUUGAGCCUUGGUAAAGAUUUGAGACUGGUGUGGUUUUGAGAAGUAUUGCCAGAAGAGAGAUAUCUGCAAAUCAAAAUCUCUUAGGCUGAUUUAGUUAUAAUUUAAGCCUCACGAAAGUAAGUGAUCCUUCGGAUUCUUAACUUAAGCCUUGUGAUUAAGCCUCAAGACGAAGGAGUUUACUCUCUUUCCAGUCGAUCUCGGUUUUGAGUACCUCAUGUUCUGAAAAAGUAUGCUGUGAAGAGUGGAACUAUCUCCAUCAGACUUGCUGAAGGAGAUCCAUUGUUGGUUCAAAUUGAUUAACUAAUUUUCUUAGACCCUCA